CUAAUGUGCAGUUAAACGGAAUAUAUUGGCAACGAUCUCGAAACGGCAUCAACAAUGAGGGACCCGAGCAAAGGUGGGGGCUACUUGAGCCGCAUACUCCGGCGCCGGUUGCCGAUCUUGGCGUGGCUGCCCGCCUACGACUCGGACAAACUCGUCAGCGACGCCAUAGCAGGGAUCACGGUGGGCCUGACCGUCAUGCCCCAAGGCCUCGCCUACGCCACUCUAGCCGGCCUCGAACCCCAAUACGGACUGUACUCGGCUUUCAUCGGCGCCCUCAUAUACGCCAUCCUCGGCUCCUGCAAGGACAUAACCAUCGGACCCACGGCUCUCAUGUCCCUCAUGACCCACCAGUACGUCCAGAGCAGGGGCGUCGACUUUGCCAUACUACUGGCCUUCCUCACGGGCUGCAUGCAACUCCUCAUGGCCGCGCUCCAUCUAGGCGUGCUCGUGGACUUUAUCUCGAUACCGGUGACGGUGGGCUUCACCUCGGCCACCUCCGUCAUCAUCGUGGCGUCCCAGCUCAAGGGCCUGCUCGGGCUGCGGAUCUCCCCCAACGGCUUCGUCGACACGCUUCGGCAGGUCUUGAGGAACAUCCACAAAACCAGUCCCUGGGACGCCGGCAUGAGCCUCAGCUGCAUAAUCGUGCUCUUGCUGUUUCGACGGCUCAAGGACUUGAGGUUCGGGGAAAAGGGGGCCAAGAAGCCGACGAAGCGCCAGAGGAUCCUGACGAAAGCCCUUUGGCUCGUUUCUACGGCCCGCAACGCCAUGGUCGUCGUUGCCUGUUCGACCAUUGCUUACGCGCUCGAGAGCUCCAGCUCAAAGUCGCCCUUCGUGCUCACCGGUCCGGUCAGGCCGGGCUUGCCUUCCUUCGACUUUCCGCCUUUUUCCACGCAGGUGAACAACCGUACGUUGGGCUUCACGGACAUGUGCGCCGAGCUGGGGCCGUCGAUCGUCCUGGUGCCGAUAAUCGGGGUCCUGGGCAACGUGGCGAUCGCCAAAGCGUUCGCGAGUGGCAAUAGAGUCGACGCCACGCAAGAGCUGAUAACCCUCGGCGUUUGCAACGUUAUCGGCUCGUGCGCCAGCUCGAUGCCCGUGACCGGUAGUUUCAGCCGAUCCGCCGUCAAUCACGCCAGCGGCGUCAAAACCCCCAUGGGCGGCCUCUACACCGGCUUGCUGAUACUCAUGGCUCUCACGCUGCUCACGCCGUACUUCUACUUCAUACCCAAAGCCUCCCUGGCAGCCGUGAUCAUCUGCGCCGUGAUUUACAUGAUCGAGUACGAGGUCGUGAAACUCAUGUGGAGGUCGAGCAAGAAGGACCUCAUCCCGACCUUCGCCACCUUCCUCUUGUGCCUCGUGAUCGGCGUCGAGUAUGGAAUCGUCGCCGGCGUCGGUAUCAAUCUCGUGCUCUUACUCUACCCGUCGGCCCGACCGCAGGUCCACGUGGAAAAGUACUUUACGGAUGCAGGUGCCGAGUACCUACUGGUGACCCCGGGGAAUAGUCUGUACUUUCCCGCGGUGGACUUUAUCAAGCGAUCCGUGGGCAACGCCGGCAUCACCGAGGGCUCGUGCCAAAUUCCGGUGGUGGUGGAUUGCCGAUACGUUUUGGGAGCCGAUUUCACGGCAGCCAAGGGAAUAGCCAGCCUGAUAAACGAGUUCAACGGCCGCAAGCAGGGACUUUACUUUUACAAUCCCAGGUCCGACGUCGUGGCCGUGCUCAAGGGCGCUUGCGGCGAGGACUUUCAGCACGUGUCCACCCAGGAUGAGCUCUCGUAUCUCUUGAUGCACAGCACCAGAGAAAAACCAUCCCACCACCAGCAGAUGUUCGAAUCUCACAGGGAUAGGCUGGAGCCGCUGAUCGGUAAUCCAGAAUUGACUCACCGUAGCGUACACGCAUCCAGCUACGAGCUCAACGAAGUGAAGACUACGCUCCUGCACGCGAGUGGGAGCUGA